UAAUAUGGAUUUACAGUAUUAUCUUUUAACUUUGACCCUUUACUAAUGCAUUGGUGAUACUUUUGUCUUGUAUAAAGUUUAGAAGAAAUGGAAGAUAAAUAUCAAAACAGGGAACCAAGGCCAGAAGACCUGCAGCUUAUUGCAGAGCUGAAAGACCUGAUUGCUGAGAGGGAUCAGCUGAUAAAGAAGCUGAUUGAUGACAAAAAGUUCUAUCAACUGGAACUAGUCAAUAGGGAGACUAACUUCAACAAAGUGUUUAAUGCAAGUCCUAAUGUUGGUGUUAUUAAUCCUCUAGUAAAGGUAUGGAACAUAAUUAUUAACUUAAAAGUAGAAAAUGUGGGUUGGUAAUAAUGCAAAUAACAGAAAUCCAUUAACA